AACGACGAUGAAAUAAACCCUAAAACCCUUUCAAAGUCGGCCCUUGCAGUUUCCCUCUUCCUGGACACUGAAGCAACCCAGCCAACCCAGUCAAAAGCUCCAUUAAUUCUUGAUUGGGUUGAUAGAAAGGAAAGAGAGCUAUGGCUGCGUCCAUUGCCUCACAGUUACAGGCCAUCAAAUCCUUCGUACAACCUGACUCCGACCCGCAGCAGAAGAGGCCUUUCACUCGUCCUUCUAUUAUCUUCGAACUCAAAAAAGCCGCUGACAUUGAUGUUGAAACCAUUCUCUCUAUCGCACUUCAAGGUCUUGAUGUUCUUAUAAGCAUCGAUGAGCAAUUCAGAAACUAUAAGAAUGAUCUAUUUAGCCAUAAAAGUAGGGAACUGGAUAGAGAGUUAUUGGGAAUAGAGGAAAAUAAUCGUAUUAAUGGAACAAUUAGCUCGUACUUGCGCUUAAUAUCAAUACAUUUCCAACUUCCAUCAUCACUCAAGACGCUCGAGUACUUGAUACGAAGAUACAAGAUUCAUGUUUACAAUUUUGAGGAACUGAUUUUGUGUUCUUUACCAUACCAUGAUACCCAUGCCUUUGUUCGAAUAGUAAAGUUGAUUGAUACAGGAAAUAGUAAAUGGAAAUUUUUGAAUGAUGUAAAACUCUCCGGUGCACCACCGCCUAGAAAGAUUAUAGUGCAGCAAUGUAUACGUGAUAAGGGGGUUUUGGAAGCUCUAUGCCAUUAUGCAACACCGUCAAAGAAGCUUCAGCCCUCGAGACCAGUGAUCAGUUUUUGCACAGCUGUUGUCAUUGAAGCUUUGGGUUCAGUUGCAUCUCUUGACAAUGAUUUUGUCACCAGAAUUCUCCCAUUUGUUAGUUCAGGACUUCAACCUGAUGCAAAAGGAGGUCCAGAUCACAAGGCUGGUGCUAUGAUGAUCGCUGGUUUACUAGCUAGUAAAGCUGCAUUGUCUCCCAAACUUGUCAAGACUUUGAUUCGGUCAAUUGCUGAAAUUGCUCGAGAUGAUGCAAAAGAGUCAACUGAUCUUCAGUGGCUUAGGUUAUCACUUAUGACUAUGAUCAACCUUAUUCAGUUGCAAUCUAUAGAUAGGGUCCCACAAAAGGCUUUGGAGAUUCUGAUGGAAAUCCGUGAUUUUGCUGGGAUUCUUUUGGAACUGUUUAAUGAGUUCAAUAUCGACAAGUUUCUCUCCGUGCUUUUGGAUUCUGUGGUUGACUACAGUUUUUCUAAUGAAUCAUCUCAGCACGUAUUGAUCUCGAUCUUGGAGGUACUUCCUAUAAAGGGUUUUGUUCAUCAUAUGGUCACUAAGGUUCUAUCUUACUGCUUGAGAACUUCACAAAAAGAUAGCAAUUCAACAUCAUCCGUGUCAGGAAGCAUUGUGAAGAAAAUUUUAUUUGUUCUUAACAAGAAUUAUCCAUCAGAACUACAAGGAGCGCUUCGCGAAUUCCUCAAAGAAAAAAAUGUUCAGUCCAAGAAAGGGGAUUCAACAUAUGAUAUUUUGUGUAAGUUCUUGGAUGGUAAUUUGGAUUUGUCACAAGCCACCCUUUCUCAUUCGAAACUUUGGUUUGCACUGCAUCAUCCUAAGGCUGACGUGCGGCGUGCUGUGCUAUCUGGUUUAAAUGCCACUAGUAUCCUGACAGCGAAGGCUACUGAGCCACAGGUUUAUUCAUCUGUUCAAGAUGCUAUAUUGCAACAGCUGCAUGAUGAGGAUCUUACUGUUGUUGGGGCAGCUGUUUCUUUUGAUGGAAUAGCUGAUAUGUUAGAUACAACUGAGCUUUUCAAAGUUCUGAGUAAUGUGCUUAAGCGGUGCAUUGGUAUUGUCAAUUCAAGUUCAUCGGAGAACACCAGUCUCGCUUGUGAUGUUGCUCUUUGUUGCCUGAAGAAAUUAGACUUCAUUUCCCAUGAUGAUCAUAAGGAUCAUAUGAAUAUGCUUGCUUCCAUGAUCUGUCCUUUACUCUUAGUUCUUCCAAAGACACAGAGGCUAAAUUUGAAAGCACUGGAAACAGCCAAGAAUUUGAACUGGCCACUUUUUGAGAAUCUUCCUAGUGUCUCCAGUACAGAAUUGAUGCUGCAACCAGGAAGCAUAUCUUCAAUGAAUAUGGACACUGUUACUUUUUUGGCUGAAAGAUUCUUAAUGCACCCUGAACAGUACAUUGCUUCGAUUACUGAGAAUUUUAAAGAGUCUACAUCUUCGAAGACACUUUUCUUGUUGGUUAUUAUGCAGUCAUUUUUAAUGCAAAAAAAUAAAUCUGGUCAAUUUGUGGCAUUGUUGGAAGCCUGCUAUCCAAUACUAAAGACUGAAUGGGAAGCAUUUGAAAAUUUGGGUGAUGGCUCUUUAAAAGAGUUCAAGAUAGAGAUGCUAAAUUGGGAUUGCAAAAAAUUCUUAGAUCAGCUCUUUGAAUUCAAAUUUAAAGCAUUGAAUACAAAUAUUAUAAUAUGUACCUUCUGGAGGUUACUAGAGGUAUUUAAAUCAUCGGUCCAUGGAGAGGUCUUACAGGAUGAUAACAAGAAGUGGUUUAGCUGGCUUGAGGACCUAUUUGUGUUUUUUUCAGCCUCUCAGUUUAAUCAUGUUUUCAAGGAGCAUCGUCUCUACCUUGUCACAAAGUUCAAGGCCUCUUCUCUCCAAUUUUUGUGCAGGUUUUUCACAGAACAAGAUGUUCCUGUUGCAGCUCAAGUUGAGAGUCUCCACUGUUUCACAUAUCUUUGUUUUCAGUCAGAAGGAAGAUUGCAGUUUUGUGGUCAACUUCUUGCUGAGUUUCCCUCAAUUCUUGUUCCACUGUCUAGUUUUAACCAGGAUGUAAGAACUGCAGCUAUGAAUUGUGUGGAAGGGUUACGUGCAUUAUGGGCACUUGUUGACUGUUCCAGCAAGAAAAAUGGAAACCAAGCAAUUUGGAGUCAUUUUCUUGAUAAACUUUUGGACUUAAUAGUUCAGCAGAAAAGGCUAAUUUUGUCUGACAGAAAAUUCCUUCCUUCACUUAUGGCAUCUUUACUCAGCUCAUCCUGCCAUAGCUUGUUGGUACCUAGGAAUAUUGAGCAAAGGUUUGAUCAACCCACCAGGGAAAAGAUUCUUGCGUUCAUUUUGGGUUCUGCUCUAAAGCUCUCUGAUUAUGCAAAGCUUAUGAUUUUAUCUUUGCUCAAAGGAGUAGGCAGUACUGUUGUACAUGUAAAGGAACUUGAGUCAUUCUUUUCUCAACUUUUGAGAAGACGCAGUCAAUAUCACUGUAAAUUGGAUACGUCCAGCCAGAAGUUGUCAGACAUUGAGGUUGAUAUUCUAUGCCUUCUACUAGAGAAUUGUGCUAUACCCUCGUCAUUUGAUGGCCAUUUUUUUGAAGAUCAUUUAUUCAAGGCUUUGCAAUUGGAUGGCAUGGCUGCAGAAGACCCAGCUGUUAUGCGUCCUUGUGUGACUGUCUUGCUGAAUCUUAACAACCAAAUCUAUAGUAAAUUGAAGACUGAGAUGCAGGAGCUUCUAUUUCGUGAACUUGUGAUUUUGUUUCGAAAUGCUAGUGGUGAGAUACGAAAUGCUGCCAGAGAAGCCUUGUUGUGCUUAAGUAUUACUUGGUCCACUGUUGUUCAGAUGCUUGAUCUUGUGUUUAAGAAUAAAGGUCGUGUGAUUAGUUCAGCCUAUGGGAAGAAGAAAAGGAAAUUAGUUGGGGAUCAGAAGUCCACACUGCCUGAUGAUGAAAUUUAUAAAGGAGAAAAUGCACUUUCUUUUCUUAGCUCCCUUCUUGACAUUUUGCUACUGAAGAAAGACAUAGUUAACAGAGAUUUGCUCUUGGGACCUUUAUUCAACCUAAUCGGCAAAACUUUUCCGGAUGAAUGGGUUCACCAUUUUUCUGUCCUUGAUGAAAACGUGGUUCAACCUUUGUCUGGUGUUUAUCAAACUACUGCUGCCACAGUGUGUUACAUACAACAGACACUGCUAAUAAUCCUGGAAGAUAUUAGUACUUCGCUCAUUACCAGUUUGGCACCAAAGGAAAAUGUAAGAAAUGAGAUAAACAUCGAAGUUCUAGUUGAGUGUGCGCGCACUGCGAAGGAUGGGGUAACUCGGAACCAUGUAUUUUCACUGAUAACCACUGUUACAAAGAUCACACCAGAGAAAAUUUUAGAGCACAUAGAGGACAUAUUUACCGUUAUUGGAGAAUCAGCUGUCACACAGAUAGACAACUAUUCUCAGCAUGUGUUUGAGGAUCUUAUAUCAACAAUUGUUCCAUGUUGGUUGCAAAGAACAAAAAACAUGGACAAACUUUUGCAGAUUUUUAUGAGUGUGUUGCCUGAAGUUGCUGAGCAUAGAAGGCUGUCAAUGGUAGUAUAUCUAUUGAGGACAUUGGGGGAGUCUAAUAGCUUGGCUUCGUUGCUUGUCCUUCUAUUCCGUUCCUUAGUUUCAAGAAAUGGGUCACUUUUCUUUGAUAAUAAGAGUGCUGCAGAUAACUCCAUAUCUUCCACAAAGAAAGAGUGGGAGUACGUAUUUGCACUGCAAAUAUGUGAUCAAUAUUCAUGCGUGAUUUGGCUACCCUCUCUUGUUAUGCUACUCCAACAAGUAGGAACUGGUAGUCUGUGCCAGGAGCUGUUUGUGGAAUUGCUGUUUGUGAUCCAAUUCACUCAGCACAAAUUGCAAGAUCCCGAGUUUGCUUUAAAGUUGGAAUCAGAAAACGUUCAGGUAUUGCUUGAAGAUCUCAUGGAGCAGGUGGGCUUAUUAUCACAACUUGUUGACACAAGGAAGAAGCAAAUGACUGUCCCUCCUGUUAUAAGGAAAGAACUAAAGGAUUGCAAUCGAGCUGUCUUGAGGACUGUUACUUCACUCAUGAUUCCAUCAGCAUACUUUGAGGGCAUCAUUAGAUUGCUUCGCCAUGGAGAUAAAAAUGUGGGGAGAAAGGCUCUUGGAUUUUUAUGUGAAAUGGUGAGGGAGAAUGACACGACAAAAUCACGGCAUAAGGAGAGAAAUUUGUAUGGUCGAUGGGAACAUUUGGAAGAGACUGCUCUUGAUUCUUUCCACAAACUGUGUCUAGAAAUAGUGAAGAUAGUUGAUUCUGUCGAUGUUUCAGAUUCUCUGAAACUGGCAGCUGUUUCAGCUCUAGAAGUUCUUGCCAGCAGGUUUCCUUUUGAUUAUUCCAUCUUUGGUGAUUGUUUGCCAUCUGUUACCAAAAAUGUUAGUCCAGAAAACUUGGCUGUUUCUUCUGGCUGCCUACGGACAACUGGUGCUUUCGUCAAUGUUCUUGGGCCAAGGGCGUUAGUUGAGCUUCCAUGUAUAAUGGAGAAUGUAAUUAAGAUAUCUCGUGAAAUCUCUUUACGUUCAGAUGUAAAGGCCAUAAAAAGUAAUGAUGACACACCAACUGCACUAUCAACUUCUAAAGAGAGUAUUAUUUUGUCCAUUCUUCUUGUUCUGGAGGCUGUUGUGGGCAAACUUGGGGCUUUUCUUAAUCCGUACCUUGGAGAUAUCAUAACAGUUAUAGUGCUUAAUCAUGACUAUGCAUCAGGAUCUGAUCAAAAGGUCAAAUUGCAGGCUGACACAGUACGGAGACUCAUAACGGAAAAAAUCCCUGUUCGACUUGCUUUGCCACCUUUGCUGAAAAUUUAUUCAAAUGCUGUUUCAUCUGGGGAUUCAAGUUUAACCGUCUAUUUUGGAAUGUUGGCAAACUUGAUUGGUUCAAUGGAUAGACCAUCUAUUGGUGGCUACCAUGCAAAGAUUUUUGACCUUUGCUUGCUUGCUCUGGAUCUACGCCGUCAAAGGCCAGCUUCACUUCAGGAUAUUGAUGUUGUAGAAAAAAGUGUUAUCAAUACAGUAAUUUCUCUGACAAUGAAACUGACAGAGACUAUGUUUAAGCCCCUUUUCAUAAGGAGUAUUGAAUGGGCAGAGUCUGAUGUUGAAGAUGGUGUUGUAGGGAACACUAAUGUGGAUAGAGCAAUAUCAUUCUAUGGUAUGGUAAAUAAGCUUGCUGAGAACCAUAGGUCUCUGUUUAUUCCAUACUUCAAAUACUUGCUUGAGGGCUGUGUCCGUCUUCUUACAGCAGCUGGGGAUGCCAAGGCUUCUGGUUUAACACGGAAGAAGAAGGCCAGAAUUCUAGAAGGAAAAAAUACAGAAGAAACCAGUAUAUCACUUGGAAACUGGCAGCUUAGAGCAAUGGUUUUGUCAUCAUUACAUAAAUGUUUUCUCUAUGAUACUGGAAGCAUGAAAUUUCUUGACUCUUCAAAUUUUCAGGUUCUUUUAAAGCCCAUUGUUUCUCAGCUUACUAUAGAACCACCAAGUUCCCUCGAAGAACAUCAGAACUUGCCAUCAGUGAAGGAAGUCGAUGACUUGUUGGUUGUUUGCAUUGGUCAAAUGGCAGUGACUGCAGCAACUGACGUCUUAUGGAAACCAUUGAACCAUGAGGUACUAAUGCAGACUAGAAGUGACAAGGUGCGGGCUCGAAUUCUGGGCCUAAGAAUAGUCAAAUAUUUGGUUGAGCAUCUGAGAGAAGAAUAUCUAGUUUUCCUGGCUGAAACCAUCCCCUUCCUUGGGGAACUACUUGAGGAUAUGGAGCCCUCUGUUAAAUCCCUUGCACAGGAGAUUCUCAAGGAAAUGGAAUCCAUUAGUGGUGAAAGCCUUCGACAAUACCUGUGAUGACACACUAACUAGGUCCUGGCUUUUUCUGACUAUGUAUCACCAUCCAUUUUUUUGCGAGCCAAAGGUAUGGGACAGCCUAUAUGAUUUUUUGGGGUUUGGCCAAUGUGUGUCUUCAAGUGUAAUUAUAAAUGCCUAAAUGAUUAGUCGGAGUCAGUUUCUUUUGUUGUUCGCCAACAAUGAUUGAAAUCAAUCUGGAUUAGGGGGUGUGAUUUCUGUUCCGAAAUUCGUGGUAACUAUGGACUGGCUCCGACUAUUAAACCAAACAUGCUGCACGUCAAAUGAUGGAAGACAAAGUUAGGGAUAUGCCUAAGUGGGCAUUGUAUUUAUUCAGUAGGUUGAGCAAUUAGUAUGUCAUUUGUUUUUGUUAUAAAUGUUGCUAUAAGAAUUAAUAGCACAGCUUACCGGCGAUUUUUUCUACAGCAGUGGUUGUGAACCAAAAUUUUGAUCUGAUAAUAUAAGCAAUUUAAUUAUUAUACGGUUGUAUUGAUUUAGAUUAUUAAAAAAGACACGAGUUGGCAGGUGAA